AUGGCAUCCCGUCAUAUUCCUACCGGAACAUUCCUGAAAGACGAAACCAAACAUGUGACUGUGUUCCUCGACGCCUCGGACGAGGGAUACUCUAUCGAUCAGGAGUUUAGUGUCUCAACACCAGUCGGUCUGGUGUAUGCUGAAAGGGUGAGGCUCAAGGGGUCAAUCAAGCUGAGUGGCAAGAAAUUAGGACUCUUCUGCACUGAACUGGAGAUCGCACCUGAUACUACCAUCGAUGUGUCGGGCACCCAGGGAGAGCCCGGGAUAGGGGAAGGAACGAAUGGAGGCAAUGGCGGUAAUGCAGGUGAACUUUGCAUGGUGGUGCAGCGCGCUACAGUAUCCUCCCUAAAAACACUCAACAUCAAAGCCUACGGAGGCGACGGUGGCCGGGGGGGAGAUGCCACCGCUUCGAGUGGAACUGGAGGCAAAGGCGGAAAUGGGGGAAAUGGAGGAACCGUUCACAUUUUCUAUGGGAGCGACUUGAAGCUCGCGGUCCUAAAGGUGGAAAGCUUGAAGACGGCGCCGUGGCGAUUCCAACUUCCCACGUUGCUCGAAGCUUCAUUCCGUGGAAAUCUGACGGCCGACGAGCUUUCUCUACUGGAGGGUUAUGAGCGACUUGCUGCCACGCUAGCCAACCUGCUCGAGCCUUUAGACCGUCUGGCGGCAAUAUCCGGGGGGGCGGAGGACGUGAAGGCUUCUAUCCAGAACCUUCUCGAGUCUCAAGAUGCUCCUACAAUGGCCUUACCACCAGUCUUAACUACUCUAGAGAGCCAAGUUGAACGUCUGGGAAACCUUGCGUCCAAUCCCACACAGACGGAAGUCGAUUCGAUUGUCACAGGUAUUGCUGAUGCUGUGGGGACGAUUGAAAUCAGCCGCGAAUCCGAACUUCGGGAACUUGUCAAAGAACUUGCUCUUAGGUUGAGAAGUGAAGUGAAGGAAGGGGAGUAUGAGGUGAAAUGCCAAGUGAAGAAAUCCGCCGGUGUUGGUGGCCAGGGAGGACGGAGUGCUGUCCCUCUGUCUGCACCCGGAAGUUUUGGGGAGCAGGGCCAAGUUGGCUCAGCUCAAGCCACUGAUCUGACUUUCAACGGCGACCGCUCCGAGCUUGAGAUCGGUCAUGCUUUUGCGUCUCCAGACCAGAGCCAAAUGCUACUGCAGGAGGCCAACCGGGCGUUCUUCUCGAACACCCCGGAGGAACAGAAAAGGGCAUCGAUGUUGUAUGAGCGACUGAUCCAGCGACUGAGCUUCCUCAAGGUCAUCGACUUUGCCGGGGAAUCCAACUUGGCGAAGGCUUAUCGCCAACAAACCGAAGAAUGGGAGCUAACCCUGUUCCCUGAAGCAGAGCUGCGAUCAAUUCUCAAGGAAGCAGCAAGUCAUUUGAAUCGCCUGAUGCUUGGUCGCGACAUGUGGGGGCAUCACGCGAAUUGGAUCCCGCGGAUGUCGGUCCAGUUCUAUCAUGAGGAGCUUGACAGGCAACUCCCGCUUCUUCGUGACCAGGAAUCGAUAUUGGCUGAUUACGAGAGUGCAAGAAAGGAGGCGUAUGACAGCCAACGUUUAAUCCGUAACGGCAUCGAGUCCAUGGACAAAAAGCUGUCGGCUGCAAGUGAUCAGAUCGCCCGGUUGACUGUAACCAACGGGCCUCUAGCCUCAUCGAUUGAUACCAUUAAUGCAGUGACUCCGCGCAUGAAGACGUCAAAGUCUGAUAUUUGUGAGAAGCUGAAGAAUGUCACCCCUAAACCCCAGGGCCCACCGAUCAAAGAGAUGAAGAUGAUCCUAGAGGCUCUAACGACGCUUGCGGCGGCGAAAGCAGAUGUGGGAUCCAUUGCCAAGAUCAUGAAACUGGGCCUUCGGGAGUGUCAGGCCUUUGACGAUGUUGAAAACGUCGACGGGAAAAGUGUCAGCAAAGAACUACUCGUCAAGCAGAUCGCAACAUGUGGGGACAAUCUUGCCUCGUUGAAGGAUGCCUACAAGAUGAAUGCCGACCGUUCCAUGACCCUUGAGAGCUCCGAAAGCCUGAUCCUAACCACCAAGGCGAACAUCGAAAAGUUAGUCAAGGACUACAGCAAUCUCUUCCCAGACGAAUGGCGGGCAGAGUUGAGUUCUGAUCUCAAUGCCUACGUUGCUUUGGUCCAAGCAAGGAACGAGGCUCUCGUGGAAUAUAACUCCACUCUCCAACUUUUGCUACAAGCCGCUGCAGAGAAAAAGCAUUCUACGGAACAGUUAGGCAAGCUGAGACAGGAGGGACUGGAGUUUAAUCGCCGCCUACCACUCUUCGUUCACUGGCAGCGGAAAUGCUGCAACAGCUUAAGAUUCAGUAUCAUGCGAAACCUCAAUUACCAGAGCCGGGCCAUCCGAUACUGGGGCUUACAGCAGAACACCGUUAUGGCCGAUUCUAUGCCAUUGCAAACGUACAGCUUCCUCAGUGCGAGACGGGAACAGCUUCUCCAGUCCUUCAACCAAUGUCUCGAAAACUAUGCCGGCGGCAUCCGCAGCACCUGGCCUCAAAGCCCUGCGCAGGGGCUUAUGCGGAAACUCACGCCCUCAGAGCUCCAUGAUCUGAAAAGCACCGGCUCGGCAUACAUACAUCUCCAUCCCAGCACAGAUGAUGAAACCUUUGGGGAUCAGAUCGACAUCCGCCUUCAACAGGUGCGACUUUGGCUACCUGGUGCAGAAAAAAGUCCUGAGUCCAUGGGACGCAAAUUGCUCACAGUUUAUUUAACUCAUCUGGGAGAGUCGAUUAUUCAGGAUAGCAAUCACUUGAACUUCGCUUUCUUUCAUGACACGGUCAAGGUUAUGUUCAAGUAUGAUGCAGCCAAAGUGCUGACCCGCGGCGAUAUCCACAGCGACCAUGUAUUCAAUCAACAAUUAUUGGAAGGUACCCAUGACAGAAGACAAUUCACAGGCCAGGGCAGUAUUGCCGCCAUUGGGCCAUUUGCGUGGUGGAAAGUUGAUGUGCCCCGUGGAGGGGUGAAUCAAGACCUGAAUCUCGAUGGAGUGACGGAGGCAUAUUUGGAAUUUCACGGGACAAGCCGCCCACCACGGUGA